AUGAUCAGGAUCUUCCCGGAUUUCAGCGUUCAGGUGACGGCUUCGGCGGCCGGAGGAGCCGGGGCUGGAGGCGGAGGCGGCGGUGGUGGGAUGGUGACCGGACCCCCGGUGGGUCGGGUGCCCGUACCGGUACCUGGAGCCACGAACGGGACCCCGCAAAGCGUACAGGGAAUCACCGCCUACCAACAAAGUGACCCCUACUGGGAGCGGCCGGCUAAUGCAGGCAGCUGCUCCGCCGCCCGGCCCAAGACCCUUCACCUGGCCGGCCAGCAGCAUACCUCCUCACCAUGGCUGCAGGCUCUGAGGAAGGAGAAGUCACGGGACGCGGCAAGGUCGCGGCGGGGGAAAGAGAACUUUGAAUUUUAUGAACUUGCCAAGAUGCUGCCUCUGCCGGGCGCCAUCACCAGCCAGCUGGACAAGGCCUCCAUCAUCCGGCUCACCAUCAGCUACCUGAAGAUGAGGGACUUCGCCAACCAGGGGGACCCACCGUGGAACCUGCGAAUUGAGGGACCUCCGCCUAACACCUCUGUCAAAGCUAUCGGUACCCAGCGGAGGAGAAGUCCCAGCGCCAUUGCCUCUGAGAUCUUCGAACCUCACCUGGGAAGCCACAUUUUACAGUCUCUGGAUGGGUUUGUAUUUGCACUAAACAAAGAGGGACGCUUCCUCUACAUCUCUGAGACGGUUUCCAUCUACCUGGGAUUGUCACAGGUGGAGCUCACUGGCAGCAGUGUGUUUGACUACAUCCACCCCGGCGAUCACGUGGAGAUGGCAGAGCAGCUCGGUAUGAAGCUCCCUCCAGGCCGAGGGAUGUCUCUAUCCCAGGGAGCAGUCAACGAAGACGGGGCAUCUUCGGCUUCUUCGUCGUCACACUCUGAGACCCCAGAACCAGUGGAGUCCAGCAGUCCCAGUCUUCUGGCUCCUGAUAACUCUCUGGAACGUUCCUUCUUCAUCCGGAUGAAAUCGACACUCACAAAGAGAGGCGUGCACAUCAAGUCCUCAGGAUAUAAGGUGAUCCACGUCACAGGGCGUCUGCGGAUCAGGAUGGCUCUGACGCACAGCCGCUCGGUGCCCAAUCAGAUCAUGGGGAUGGUGGCGGUGGCUCACGCUCUCCCACCACCAACAAUCAAUGAGGUUCGCAUCGACUGCCAAAUGUUCGUCACCCGAGUCAACAUGGACCUCAAGAUUGUCUACUGUGAGAACAGAAUCAGUGACUACAUGGACCUGACUCCAGUGGACAUUGUGGGAAAGAGGUGCUACCAGUUCAUUCAUGCUGAAGACGUGGAGGGGAUCAGACAGAGUCACCUUGACUUGAUGAAUAAAGGUCAGUCUGUGACAAAGUAUUACCGGUGGAUCCAGAAGAACGGGGGUUAUAUCUGGAUCCAGUCCAGUGCCACCAUCGCUAUCAAUGUCAAGAACGCCAGCGAGAAGAACAUCAUCUGGGUCAACUACGUCCUCAGUAAUCCAGAGUAUAAAGACACACCCAUGGACAUCGCCCAGCUGCCAAACCUGCCUGAGAAAGCUUCUGAGUCCUCUGAAACUUCAGACUCCGAAUCCGAGUCCAAAGAAAACUCAGACAAUGAGAAUACCAAGUCAGAGGAGAAGCCAGGCCACCAAGCAGAACACAGCGAGGACCCAGAGACGGACAGCAAACGCCAGCAGCAACCUGGCCAGUCACACUGUUCGUCUGAACAGGAAAUGAAGCGCCAGGAAGAAGGCGAUAGCUCGAGUAACCCUGAGAGCCAGGACAGCGAUGACAGUCUGGAACCUUCAGAUGGAGAGGCUGAGGAGCAAGAAGAAGCUGGCAGAGGAGGUGGAGGCAGGUUGGGAAGGUUAGCAGGGCUGGGAGGAUUAGGGAGUCUGGGUGCCAUUGGUGGACUGGGUAACCUGGGUGGGCUUCAUAUUAAAGUGGAGCACUAUGGAGAAGGGGAAGAAGUACAGCUGCGCAACUCGCAAACGUCUUCAUCAGAAGAGGAAGAAGAAGAGGAGGAUGAGGAAGAUGAGGAGGAUGAUGAUGGGUGCGUGCAAGAUUGCGACAGUGUCAAUGCGGGCAGCAAGCUCCAGAAAAGGCGGAAGAGGAGGAAAGUGCAGAAAUGGGAUGGAUCACGAAGCAGGAGGCUUCGUCUGUCCUCGACUACACCCAGUCCCAUAGCAAUAGGAGAUACCACUCCUUUAGUCGACCCCUCCCAAGCCACAUCAGACACCUCCACCCACCUCUUAACCUCCUCUGGCUCCCCAAACAGUGCAGGUGCAACAUCCUCAGUUCUGAAGAUUAAGACAGAGAUGGCAGAACCGAUAAACUUUGAUAACGACAGCAGCAUCUGGAACUACCCUCCCAACAGGGAAAUUUCCAGAAACGAGUCUCCGUACAGCAUGACCUCCAAGCCAAAUGCUCCAGGGAGCCACGAGACCUUCCCCUCACCACAGGGAGGAUCUCUCCAGGUAGCCAUUCCUGACUCUGUCCUCACCCCUCCUGGAACCGAGGGAGGAGCAGGAGGAGUGAGGAAGCCUCCUUACAACGGAAGCUCAGCCCCAUCUUCUGCUUCGAGCGCUGCAAGUUUAGCUCCUCCUUCCAGCGCCUCCUCUGCCGACCCCCUGUCCCCUCCUCUCUCUGCAUCCCCACGGGACAAGCAACAAGGCACUCCCACCACCAACUCCUCUUCCUCAUCUUCCUCUUCAUCCUCAUCAACCUCUUCCUCUUCAUUGCUGUACUCUGGUGACCUUGAAGCACUUCAACGUCUGCAAGCUGGCAAUGUGGUGCUCCCACUGGUCCACCCAGUCACGGGUACUCUGGCCUCUACCAGCACAACAGCUCCACGGGUCUACACCACUGGGACCAUCAGGUAUGCGCCAGCGGACGUUACUCUGGCCAUGGCACAAGGCAACCUCCUCCCCAAUGCUGCCAUGAACUUUGUUGACAGCUCAGGGUUCAGCCUGGACCCUAAGACACCCAUGGAGAUGCUCUACCAUCAUGUCCACAGGCUCAACAUGUCUGCAGCAGCAGCUGCCGGCCCCUUUGUUGGAUCUCCAACUGCCACGGGUGGGAAUGGCGCCCUUGGAGGUCAGAUGCCAACGGCAACCAAUGUUUUUACCACAGCAGAGGGACUGUUCUCAACGCUACCUUUCCCGGUGUACAGCAACGGGAUCCACAACACGCAGACAACACUGGAGAGGAAGGAGGAUUAGCAGAAAAUAUCCAAGACCGCAUUACUGUGUUUUCAGAAUCAACAACUGUGUCAAAGACUGCUCACUAGUAAAUAUAAAAAUGAAAGACUAUUUGCUUAUCUUUUAUCAACACGGUUUAGCACUGUGUUUUCGAGAGAAGAGAAAGGACAGGAAAGGACGACAGAUGUACUCUAGCACUUUGAAUCUCAGCAACUGAGCUUGCGUAAUAGACAUGAUCCUCAAACGUGUCCCCCCUUUUCUACCUGUUUUCUCUGUCCUCCUCUUCCUCUUCUCCUCUCAGUCUCUCACUUUGCUCCCGUUUCUUGCGAUCAGCAACUCUUUUCUCUUGAACAAACAAACCAGACUAUUCUUUAUUGUAAAGAACCCCUUUUUUGCCUACAGAGAAUUCCUAUUGCCUAAGGACUCAGUUGGAGCCUGACGGGGAUAAUUUUUAUUAUUUGA